CAGUCCACUCAGCAUCCAUCGCUUUCAUCCAUGGGCCUAAAGACUGAGCCUGACUUUAUGAAUGUGGAUGUCUCCAAUUCUGAGCAUAAAGCUGGCAGCAAGAAGCCAACUCGUACCACAGGGCCAGGAUCUCCCCACAAGGCACCACCGCGAUUCAAACAGAGAUCCACUCGGCAGUUCAAAAGCAAACCACCCAAGAGAGGCGUCAUUGGAUUUGGCGAUGACAUUCCUGGAAUGGAAGGCUUGGGAACUGAUAUCACUGUGAUCUGCCCCUGGGAAGCAUUCAGUCAUCUGGAACUGCAUGAAUUAUCUCAGUAUGGCAUCAUCUAAGAAAAAACUUCUCCUGUUCUACACAAAGUUAUCUAGCUGUAUGCAAUGGAUUUCUACAUGAUCUGUUCAAAGUUUAGAGACUAUAAAGAGGAUCAAUUGAAAAAAAAACUGAAAAAGCAAUAAUUCUGUGGUUGGAGACAUACAGUAUACUUCCUUGUAGAUACAGUAACUAUGAUAUACGUCAGGGUAGAUAGCCAUACUGUACAUAGACCAUGUGUAAACUCUAUAAAACUAGAACCCUAAAGAGUUGUCUGUCUAUGGAAACAGCUAAAAGUACUUUUUAGAAUUAUAUAAUGAAGUUCUUUUACAUGAGUCAGGGUUUCAUGUCAAGUGACUGUAUUUAAAUAUUUAUUCAUAGUAUGUUCACUGCAGUGAUUUUAAGUUUUUACUCUGUAGAAUAGAUUCAGCUCUUAUUUUUACCUAUAUUGUCUUUAUAAAUCUAUUUAAGAUCAAAAAUGUUAUUAAAAAAAUACUAUAAUAUCAACCUUAAGUAAGCUACAGUUAAGCAUUUCUUCCUCUAUGUUACUUUUUUCUUCCUUUCUUUUCUGUUUGUAAUUUCUGUGAACAAUACACCAAACUAUUUCAGCUUGCAUUCA